AUGGCUGCCCCAACCAACUUUCCUCCGCGCCGACCCGCCUUUCCAGAGCGGCCAAAUUUGUUCGACGAGGUAAAAUGGGGCCCAUUGCCGACGGACUAUGAAAUAGAACGAGCAUUUAAGGUCUGGAGGACUCAGGAUGAGCUGCUCAGGAAAAUGACGCCGAUUAGCACCGACCCCGACUUAGUCCCGGAAGAUGAAGACGUGGACACCUGCCUCGCUCAAAGUGUCUAUGAGAGUCUCAUUCAACAUAGCAUCUUACCUCUUAGUAGGGACCAGCAAACUAUGAAUGCUCAAUAUCCUGUUGUUGAGAGACCUAAAGACGAUAUUAGACAACCCAACAUUAUUAGGACACAAGGAUGGGGAUAUCGAGAGAUAUUUGGGCUCCGGGACCCAAUACCGGAAACGAGCACUGAUGAAGUACCCUUAAGAGUAACAAUCGGUGGUCAAGACAUUGCUAGCUCUCACUGGAAGAAAGGAGAAUUGCAGUAUCAAUUGCAGCAGAGACGUCUCCAAACCAACGGCACAAUUGCAGAGCUCAAAAAGCGGCUAUAUGAAUACGAGCUGCGCAUGAUCAACUCAAGAUACAGAAACGUGGAAAUGGGGAGCCGGCUGCCCUUGCAAGAAUUGCCAGAAUGGGGGUUAUUUCGCGAGAACGAGUACCUCAUAAAAGUAACAUCAGACGCAAAAUUCAGCCCUGUUGAGAUGUAUACCUGGGCAAUUUCGCUCAGCCCAUAUAACCCCACGUAUUGGACCAGCAGAGCAUACGUCUACUAUCAAAUGGGAUUUUUUGAUCUCGCGCUCGGAGAUGCAUAUCGUGCUCAGCUGCUAUGCGAGAUUCUAAUUGACCCAAGGCAGCGAAAUCUUCAGCCUGGGUUAUAUAUUAGGACCUGGGAUGCUAUCGAGCGCCAUAUUAUGAAUAUAAAAGUCGACGGGCAGCGAAUUUCGGAUCAUGUGACAAAACUUCGAAGUGCGAACGGCGUCAACUACUUUAUACCGCACCUGCGAAAGACACUCUAUCACCUAGUGUGCUUGAGUCUUCUUGGCCUUCAAUGUUGGGAGGACUAUCGCCUGGUUGAAAAUGACCUUCCCCAAAAACUGAUCAUGCGUGAUCGUGAUAAGUGGCUUAUUGAGAAGCGUCAGAAAUUGCUUCGGAACUUUCUUGAAGGGGUAUCGAAGGAGAAACAAGAUGACGAUCGAGAAUUUUUCUACGAAAGCCAUUAUGGGUAUGUUCGCGGGCUGCAGUACCCUUUCAGCCAGCCGCUUGAACGCACAUCGGAGACAAUGCUUUCAAGGAUCAACAAGGAGAUCAUUGGCAAGUCUCAGUCGAUUCGUCUGUUCCCUCAAAAAAUUGAAGUUCGAGAAAAGGAUAGGGACCAGAUAGGCGUAUAUGCCACAAGACAUAUAUCCGCUGGAGAAGUUGUUUACGUUGACGAGCCAUCGAUUCGAGGCCAUCUUCAUAGUUUCUUUCCUCGAAAAGAAAAGCUUUGCGAGAAUUGCAGGAAGCCAGUAAAUCAUGCAUUGCACGACGAAACAAUCAAAGAGUAUGUAAGUAAGAAUGUGGAGGGCUUGCGGGCUAAAGGGCUAGGGUGUGAAUGUUGUCUGCUAGUAUCAGAACCUUUGACCUGGUGUGUUCCCAGAGACGACGUACCUCUUGAAACUACGGGGCACCAGCAACCAAGAAUUGAAUCUCAGAAAAGGCCAGCUGAAGGUGAUGAGGUUGAUGACAGCUGUAAGGAACCACUGGCAAAAAAACAAAUGACCCAGAUACCUUCGUGCUUAGAGAUAGCACUUAAUCACUACCACUAUAGGGCUUGUGGACGUGACUGGAAAUGGCUCCAUGAUUCGAUGAGGCCAGUCUUCUCCGAUGAGUGGGUACAGUCGAUUAGACAUUCAAACGAAAGGCAUGGUACCGCUUUGAGCCUGCUGCUUCGGGAGGUUUUCGAUAUUACUCUCCGAAGACGUGAAGUGGAAGGAAAGCCACACCUCAUGGCCCACGAAAUUGAGGAGUUAAUGCCACUUAUAGGUGCUGACAAAGGGUUUGAGAAACAGAUGUUUCCUUUUUCUUAUGCUGCAAAUAUCCGGGUACCAUUCGACAUUCUGCAAUAUCUCGGUGUUGACAUUUUCCAGGACUUGGCAUUCGACACUUGGGUUAUUCAGCUAGUGCUCAGAAAGCUGCUCCUUAACGCGAUCCCUUGGGAUGGCGAUCGGCGCCAGAAGGACUUUGUGGAUACACCUGAGACCAAACAGCUCCGCCGUACGGGGCUGCCACAACUUUCUCUAGCGGAGUACCCCAAAGCUGUCCCCAGCCUCAAAAAUCUAUACAUAUUUCCUGGGGUGUCCAUGUUUAAUAGCACAUGUCCUAAUACAAACAACGUGAUCUGGGAUUGGGACCUCUCAGUUCCGAAUCGCAUGGUCCUUUGGGCUUGCAGAAACGUACCAGAGGGCCAAGAGCUCACCCUUCCAUAUGUCCUUACUAAACCAGCGGAGGACGUUGCGCAUCGGGUAUUUGGAGGGCACUGUCAAUGUGAAAUGUGCCCUUGGAAGAGAAAACUCCAGAGCGUAGAACGUAGUGGUGUGCACUACGGCGACAGUACAAGCGAAGAGGAGCGAUACACCCCUCCCCCCCCAAGAACUAGGGGAACAGCUGAAGCAGAACACCAGCAUACAGCAACUGUUAAAGAUAAAGCCAAGAAAUCUCAAUCGCUAGGCGGGGCGGAGGAAACGUCGUCAGAGCCAUUCGCUACGCAACAAGCCAUGAUCCCACGCUCUGAGGAUGAAGGUGAGUAUGACGAGAAGGAUUUUGAAUCUGUGCCCGUAGAGCCACGAGAGCACUCUGGAGUAUCGUUCACGUCGGCGCAGGUCAGGUGGCACGCAAGGAAGCUGAGAACUGCGCUCAAAGAGGAGGCGGCCAGGCUUUCUCAGGGUCGGUUGGGAACAACGGAUUCAGGAACGACUGGUGCAGGCCAAGGCACAAAAUCAUAG